AUGUCGUAUCAUUGGUCAACGGUACCAUUUGCUUCUCUUUAUGGAGCCAUUCAGCUUAAUCAGCUUGACAAUCAGUUGAGGCUGACAGCUGAACUCCAAUUUGAUUUGCAGAACCUCUUGCUCAAACCAAAACGAUGCGAUGCAAGUAGAUCAAAACUUGAACAGGGCAAACUAACGUUUUCAGAUGGCGUCGAUUACCAACUUAAUGAAACUUUUGUUAUGGAUGCCAGUAAACUCGCAGACGAGUUGAAUCUGGAAGAACUAGCAGCAGCAGAGCUACUCUAUUACGCAUGCCAAAACGAGCAAAAAUCGUCUGGAAUCUCCGCUCUCGAUUCAGCCAAAGCUGCAUACUAUGCCAGAAGACAAUACAUACUACAAAUUGUGACUUACUACCUAUGUAGGUCUUCAUCAGAGGGGCUGCAAACAGAAUUUCUAUCGGAACUAUCUUAUGACACCAUUUUUUCAUGCUAUCAAUCCAUUGAACAAGAGCUGGAUGAAAUAAAGCAGCUGGUAGACCGCUCAAGGCUUAUGGGAAGUCUUUCUGACCCUAGUUUUUUCAAGCCCAUAAUCUACCGCCGAGAUUCGUUAUUUCGGGAGCACCAGCUUUUGGGAGAGCUUUACUUUGCUAAGGUUUCUUUACAUGGGAUGCAGUCCACUGCUUUUGAGAGAAUUUUCAAUCACUUUACAACUUUCAGUACAAAUGACAUCCUAGUGAUGAGUUAUAUCCCUGGAACCAUGAAACAUGUUUCAGAGCUCGAAAGAUAUUCCGACGAGGAUGUGAAAAAUAUGCAUCAUAAAUUCGUUGAACUCACACAAGAUUCGCAGAAACUAGCAGAAAACCCAAUCAAGGCAUUCUUGGUGCUAGUAUUCUUGACAAAAUUCAUUGAAUGGUGCAAGUCGGAAAGCUCAAGGGCCAAGCAAUUCGACUUCACAAGCAGCGUGGAAAAUCCAAUCAAAAUGCUCAUUUCGAUAGGCGCUUUAGAGCAAUUUCUCUCGCUUGCAUCUGAGAUUUCCAAGCCCGAGUUUUGCACUGAUCCUAGGGCAGAUCUGAUGUACGAUUUCCGUCUAUUCCUGCAACAGCACAUCCCAAAAUUUUCGCCUUUUAGGUUUCUAGAUGUCGAUACAGACGCAACAAAUCAACUGAAACGGGCAAUUCAACAACAAAGGCUGAAUGGAAAUUUGACCGCAGACGAGACAGAGGCAGAGAUAAUUUAUAUUCCUACCAAGGUUUACAGUUUUGAGCCUCAUUUCAGCGACUUCUGCGCUUCAAUAUUUAGCGAAUUUGUGCAUUCUUUUGUGAAAAAUGCUGCAUUUGUGCUAACACAUCUCCGUGAUAUGGAAGAAGACCUUCUACUUUUGAGUGACUCUCUCGAACUAGACAUUUUAUCAAAGAAUGCUGACCUUGAGCGCUUUUACCUUGCUGUAUAUUACCUUUACAGAUCCAGGCCUCAACUCUCAGCUCAAUUUUGGGAGGACAGCUCUUCCAGCCUCUAUGGGUUCCUUCAAUGGGCUUCACGAUGCAAUUCCCCGCUAAUAGUGUCGACAUUUUGCUGUUUGCUUGCUGCGCUCUCCAACAGCAGCGAAAAUGCUAUUAACGCGUUCAAUUUUUUGCAACUCACUAACACAUCCACCCAAGAGCUUUCCUUAAAGACCCCAAUAGGUGGCUCAACCUCCAUAUCAAGUCGCUUUUCGUGUGUCAGCUGGUCAUCCAUUUUUUCUUCCUUAGCAAUUUACAAUAAACUAUUGUCUUCCAAACUGCCAGUCAAUCUAUCUGAUCACUCUUAUUCAAUACAUCAAAGUACUGACGUUGAAAAUAAUGUUGUCGUUCAAUUAGGAGAAGACUCUCUGAUUUUUCUGUCUGGCUUUUUUCAGCUCAUCUCUGAUAUUGCACGAAAUAGCGAUAGAGCUCGUGCCGAACUUUAUGAAAGUGACAAUCGCCAACUCAUCGCAAUAUUGACAGAACUCUUGAAAGCCAACACCCCGUUAUCUGGAUCAGUACUUAUGGUUAUCAGCUCUCUUGUUGGAGAUGGAGUUAACGAGAGGCAGCAGGUUUGGCAAAUUAUGGACUCUUGGAUCUUUUCCAAGCACUUAAAGCUAAGGCAUUCAAGUGCAGUAUUGAGUGAUGUCUUUUUGUCGUCGCUAAAAUCCCCUGCGGAGGUCAUCGGAUUUUCCACUCUUGUCCUUAAGUUGUUGCAACCUUUGAAGACGCAAGAGGAAAUUUUUGAUCCGAUUGAAAUCUCUUUUCCUUUGGACUUGGGUUCAAACUACAGAAGUCAGGGUAUUUGGCCUUAUGUGGAGUUCCUUAGUACGGACAUUUUCGUGGAGCUUACAAAAAAAAAAUACGCCGAGGACUACACAACUCCUUUGCAACUAACUAUACUAUCUCUAUGGGAAACGUGCUUGGCUCAACUACAACCGGAACUGAUCAUGGAUGCGUCAGCCUGCAAUUUGAAAGAUCUGGAUAAUAUCACUGCGUGCAAAAAUAUUAUCCAGUACUUACAAUCUCACCCAGGAACUGCAGUUUUGACAUUCCUUUAUCGGAUGCCUGUGCACAAUGCUCUAUUUGCAAUUGCUAACCUCGGGAUUGAUAAGUUGAACGAACUCGAUUCAGAAUCAAAAGAAUCGAAGCUGCUUUUGAAGGCACUCAACGUAAUAGAGCUGCUUCUGGAUCGUGAGAGUUUUUACACCGACGAGCUACUACCUAUCUUGACUCUUCCUGACAAUCCAUUUUAUUCCCCAUCCGCAAUCAGUACUGGGGGGCUUCAGUCGUUUGUCGAGGCGCUGCUUUUGAAUUUGCCAUUGCUUGCCAACAUUGCGCUGUAUGUUGGUGUAGCAAACUCAGAAAUUUCAAAGGUAGCUUUGUCCAUUUUCAAAAAAGCUACUUUGUACUCCUCAUCUAAAGGGAUUGCUGAAUUUUCACUAGGCUCCCGAUUGCUCAGAAAAGACAAAGUGCUCACGAUGCUUGAGACGAUCGACGAGUCUACCAGGAUCAGAUAUGCUUUUAUCGAGCAGCUUGAAGCCCCAAUUGUUGAACCUCACUCAGUCUCCUUAAAGGCUGAAGUGCUCCAAUUCAUAAAUCAAAAUCUUCCAAGCACUUCCGGUAUAGCAACUGUUUCCCACUUUUUAUUGGGAUUAGACACCAGAUCAAUGACAAUUGGUGAGAAAAACGAUCUAGGUUAUAUUGCAUCGGAAAAAUCCUUGUUGAAGUCAAUUGUGACACUCUUGAGAUCAAUUUUACAAGAAUUCAGGAAAGUUGUAGACAUAGAGUACUUUCCCGUGAGAAUCAGUGCUCUUUGUCUGGAAAUAAUCUACAAACUUGUGAAAUCUCUCCACAGCCCUUACGAACUUUUAAGCUUUCUAAGGGACAUUGAAGACUCCAAUUUAUUCGUUGAUUUGUUGACUACCACCAAGAAAAUUGGGCUUGAGACUUUCUGGAAUGGGAGAAUAUUUGAUUCGAGGAUCAAUUUCAAAAACCCUUUUGUCACUCAAGGUGGUAGUAUGUGUGCACUUAUUGCUUUCACAAUGUUUCGCAGUCUGAUUCUUCAGCUGGUUGCGUUGGAACUAAGGCACACGUCCCUUUACGGUUCGUAUUCUUUGACCCGUAAAUACGUGAACCUAUUGAUAGACUCGAAGAACUACGGCACUGGAUCACCUCGGUUGUUUGAAUUCUUGGAUGUUCUUGAAUUCAAACCAAAAAACAUGAUCGAGAGAGCCAAUGCUGCAUUUGAAAAAUUCAAUUUUGAAUACAUUUUGAAAAAGAUAGCAAUCAAGACAUCAUUCACUCGUGAAGACAUAAACGGAUUUGCAUACGACAUGUCAGUUAUUGAUAGGAUUUGCGUCCUUGUGGGAAAAGAAUCCCAAUCUUUGGGACUUUUAUCAUUAAGAGGCCAGAGUGAAAAUCUCGAUUACUUUAAGAAAGAAUUCCUCCAAUUGAAAAAAUUGCUGACUGCAUCAGUUUCCUUCGAUAACUUCAAAUUUCAUCAGCUUCAAUGCUUACACUCUUGGGCCCUGCUCACCCAAGUAAUUUUAAAUGAUGGAGGACUGGAAAGAAAUAUCAGAAUCAGCUUCAUAUUCGAAGUGUUCGAGAGCAUUGUUCCCCAAGUAAUAGACUACCUGGACUUCGAUGUUGCCUAUGCCCAAGACCUUAUAUCUUUGUGUGUCUGUUUAUUCAGAUUAUAUGAGAUUGACAAGGCAAACAUCCAAAUGUCUGAAAGUGAGCGUGAAACUGCCGCUUUGCUUGAUUCUACGCGGCUUUUCCCGGUUUUCAAAACAUCAGCAAUAGGAAUUAUGUCUCCUCAAUCAACCCCAACAAUAAGAGCCGAUCUAUACGUGCUUGCCAAUAAUUAUUUGCAACAGAGUGCAGUCAACAAAUCGGUUUUGACCGAAAUCAUGGUUUUUAUCAGAUCUGCUGAUCAAAAGUUUAUUGGCUCUAUUUGCAGCGAUUCCCUGACAGCAGAGGGAUCAUGCAAGAUUACUGCAUUGCUGCUUUUAGAGACGCUUCUAAAAAUCUCGAUAUCCCUUCAAGGACCGAAACUUAGGGGUAACUUCCUGAUCGAGGCAAUUCUUCAAAACAACUAUUUGCUCUUGCAAGUGCAGCGGAUCAAGUCGAUGGAUGAGAUUGUUCUGGCUUGUCUUUCUGAUCGACGUCCAAGAAUGUCGGUUGACUCGUUACUUUAUGAACUAACAACUUUCAAGACCGUGUUUUGUCUUCUCACAAGAAUAGCUCAAACGGCGAUCGGUGCUAAACAAUUGUUGCAGUGCGACAUAUUCAAGGCAAUCACUGACUGCUCUUUUUUAGCGGAGGAUCCAGAAAUUGGGUUGACGCUGCUUUUAGAAAGCGCAGGGAAUGACGGCUUUGGCGAAAAGAAAUCAAUUGAAAUAAUUUUCUCACUAGACUCGAGCCUUUCUCACAACGAUGAUAAGUUAGAAGGGGUUUCGUUUUACGAUCUCUACAUACCGAUUUUCCAGCUUGUGUGUUCGACGAUCAUCUCUUUAGGCCCCCAAAACGAACGAUGCAUAAAAAAAGCUAGAAAGUUAACCGUUCACUUCUCUAAGCUCAUCACCGCAAUUCUGAAAAAAGAUCUCUCGAUGGGAAAGACGGAAAUUAAGGAAAUCAGCGAUACCUACGCGACGGGAGACUCUAGAUCAAGGGGAUUGAAUGAGAUGGUCAAACUGAUAACUCUUUUAGACACCCUUGUCUCUUGA